GGACGAUUGUAACGAAUCGCGAAUAAUAUUCUUUGACCCUAGAUUUGAGGUAAAUAAAAUAAGAAAACAUUACUAAACACGGUUCAUUUUAAAUUUUAUAAAUUUCAAGCUCAUAUUUUCAAAGACGUUUUAUCUAUAAUGCAUUAUUUUUAUAGGCCUAUGAGAAAUUAGCGUAUUGAUAAAUGUGUAAACGGUACAGUACUAACUUCUAACAUUCAACUGACUAAUUGAAAUUGACAAUACUAAUACUCAAUACUGAAUACUAUUUAAAAUAUUUAUUACUGUAUUACUAUACAAUUGACAAUACUGAGUAUACUGUAUAAUGUAUAAUUUUUUAAUAGUAUAGUACUAUAGUAUAGUGUAUACUAUACUAAUACUAAUAAUAUACUCUGAAUCCUGAAUGAACAAUAAAAUAACAGAUAAUAAAUUAAAUAAUUUAAGUCAAAGUUAAAGAAAUUUUAAAGUUAAAAUUAGAAACGACUUCUACUUCACUUCUUAAUUCUUAAACUUAAGGGAAGCGUUAUACGCAGUCGGCUGCACAUAACCCUGAGAGUGAGAGUUAUACGCAGUUGACUGCGCAUAACCCUGAGAGAUAUUCCCAGCCGACUGCGUAUAACUCUCAGGGUUAUACGCACUCGGUUGGGAAUUUAGCCAAAUAAGGUUUAUUACUGCUAGUUUGGCAAUUUAAAAAAAAGUAUUAUGCGUAAUUAGCUGCAAUAUGGGUUGUUUUGAACUAUAACUUUUAAUGUGUUUAACGUAAAAUUUUAAUUGAAUUAAUUUUAAUUAAUAUUGACUGAUACUGAUAGUAAUAGUAUUAGUGAAUUAGUAUUAUUGCUUGUAUCUUAUAUAUUAUAAGCCUAAGUCAAAGACUAAAUUUUUUUAGAGCCUAAGACUAAGAAGAUGAUUAUGCCUUAAGGCAUUUCCAUGGUUUAAGUCUAGUUCUGUAUUCUGAUUGAUUAGGUUUUUAUAUGUUGCUAUGACUAUGUGGUUGGUUUUACUGAGUAAUUCAGGAAAUACAUUCUAUUUAUUUUAACAAAAUUAUAUCAUUUAUGAUUGUUAAAAAAAAAUUUUUGGUGACCUAAAUGUAACAGUUUUCAGCUUCCAUGCAAAACUAUAACUGUUUGAUAGUAUUACUUACAGUGCCCCCUCUACAGAACCCCCUGCCCUACAGCUAUUUUUUUCUGCUACUCUCCACCCCUGAUUAUAAUUACUGUACCAGAGAAACGUGUUUUUAUCUGCCACAAAAUUAGUUAACAACACAAAAUAUAUAUUAACAACACAAACAUAUAUUAUGAUUAUUAAAAUUAUAAGAAUAACAUUAUUAACAUUACAUUGGUCAAGUUAAUUAUUAUCAUUUUUUAACAUUUUUAGCCAAAACAAAAGUAAAACAAUAAGCCUAGCUGUUUUUGCUUCAUUCUCGAGAACAAACUUAACAACCAACAAAUGUACAUUCUCGACUGGCAUUUGGGUGGAAUUGAACUCCUGAACACCAACUUGUGGCUUGCUCAGUUUAUACCAUUCAACCACCCAGUCACCCUGAUAACGAUGUACCUUUAUCGAUCGAUACUGUAACACAGGAAGUAUAUAGACCUCACGUGACUUGCCGACUGCGUAUAACAACUUCGUAAACUUAAAUUUUAAAAAAAUAAUAAUUUAGUUAGUUGAUUAAUAAUUAUUCAUAUUUAUUAUUUAAUAUUUAAUAAUAUUUUGUUAAAGAACGACAACAGCUAUUAAUUACGGUUAUCUAAUAAUAUAAUGACAAAACUCUGAGUUUGAGAUUGAAUCAUUGAGUCAUUGUUUGAUUGAUUUUUUAAAUAUUGACUUUGAUUUGUGAAUCAUUUGUGAUUCAUCCAUUUGAUAGUUACUUAUUAAUGUACUUGUUGAACAUUGUGAGUGUAAUAUUUGUCUUGCAAGCUGCAUAACUUUGGACCAUGACUAUGGUAUUUUCAUUUUACAUUUAACGUUUAAAUUCUCAUGCUGGCUGCCUGAUGAUGCUGAGAAACCAAAGGGUGUGUGUGUGUGGGGGGGGGGGGGUUGGUGCAUGGGUGGGUGUAAUUAUGAAUGCAUGGAUCAUUUCUAAGUUCUGCCAUAGAAUUGAAUAACAUUAAUGCAUUUAAUGAGUGAAAAAAAAGUCUCCAUGUUAAUGGGUUAGAGACAUGGUUCUCAACUUGUGGGUCAUGACCCCCUCGGGGUCACCAGAAAAAUUGUUUUUAUGUGUCUGAUUUGUAUUUGAAUUUUUAUUUUAAAAAAUGUAAUUUAGGCUAUGCUUUGUGAUAUGUAGGCUAAAGUUUGAAAUCAUUAUGUUGAUAAUUUAGAAUUUUUCCAAAUGAAAAUGUUCAGAAAUAUCUGCUGAGAGUGAGGGACUUAAAAUGGAUGGAGUAUUAGUAUUGAGAGACCUGCUGAGAGAGGUUUUUUUGGAGAAUGAGUAUUAAGGGAACUAUUGAGAGUGAGGGACUUAUAUAUAGCUUUGUGACACUGAGCAGAUUGAGGUGACAUUGUAAAAGUGUAAGAAGUACAAGGUAAUUCUUUCUAAAAAAAAACUAAGUUCUGUGACUGAUGAUGCCUUACCUUUUAUGUUGAGAUUACUGGUGAGCUGUGGUAAAUGAGUGAAGCAGACUGCAAACAAAAAUCUAACAAAUGACUUCUUGAUUUUAGUUUGUUCUUUAGACUUAGUCAACUUAUCUUAGUAUGUAACUUUGCAAUUAUUAAUUGUACUCUUAAUUACAUGUGUCAUGAAUCAUGGCAAAUCUGAAACCAUAGUGAAUCUUGAUAAGAUUCAGCUAAGGGCUUAAUUGCCUUGAGGCUGAUCAAUUGAAUUCAUUCAUCUACAAUGUAUCAAAAAUAAUUAUCAAUAAAUUUUUUUUAAAAAUUUUAAAAAAAAUUAUUAUCUUAUUCUUACUUUCCAAUCUCUAAUCACCCUACCAUUAUGAGAAGUUAAAGAGUUAUCAAAAUUUAAUUUCAUUAUUUAGCAAAUCACAAUUUUAAAGUCAUGUGUAGAGAUCUACUUGUGAAUUGAUCUGUUCACUGAUGUAUUCUUUAUUUUACACACCAUGACUUAGUUGAGUUGCUUAAAGUUUUUAAAAUUAAAUAGAUAUAAUCUUUCGAGUCUCACUACUUAAACUGGUCAUCUUAAAAGAGCUAUUUAAUCUAUUAAAUACCACUAGUAUAUAAAAAAAAAUUGUGAAAAUUGUAGUUUCUUUGAUCACUGCCUUUAACUUUCCAUCUCACUAUUCUACACUAUAUUACAUUAUUUCUUUUUUUUUUUUUUUUGCAGCUGAAUCUUUUUAAUAAAAUGGAGGCCAUAAGUGCAAAUCAGGUUCAGCUAAUGUCCCUGGAGAGGGGAAGAGCUAGGAUUCAAACAAGGCCCCACUUAAGUGGGAGUCCAAGUACCACUAGUAUAUAAAAAAAAAUUGUGAAAAUUGUAGUUUCUUUGAUCACUGCCUUUAACUUUCCAUCUCACUAUUCUACACUAUAUUACAUUAUUUCUUUUUUUUUUUUUUUUUUGCAGCUGAAUCUGUUUAAUAAAAUGGAGGCCAUAAGUGCAAAUCAGGUUCAGCUAAUGUCCCUGGAGAGGGGAAGAGCUAGGAUUCAAACAAGGCCCCACUUAAGUGGGAGUCCAAGAGAACAGGUCUGAUAUAAAAAUUAAAUUUGUAUAUUUCUUUAGAAAUACAAGUCACUUAUAAAAAUGUUAUUUUAUUUCUUUAUUUAAUCAUCUAUUUUAUAAUGUUUGACAGUUAAUCUAUCUAUGUUAUUCUAUCAUUUGGAUCAGUCUGUAUUUUAUCCUAUCAUUUGGAUCAUAUUGUAUCCGUCUUAACCUUUAUCCUUUAUUAAAGAUUUUUAAAUUGCGCAAAUAAUUUUUGAAUCUAUAUUAUGUUUUAAAAAAUCAGUAGAUCUCACUAAUUUUAACGAUCUAAAAUAGUGAUUUCUCAACUCUUAAUUUCUUGCAAAUCCCUUAUAAAGUGUUCUAGAUUUUUAUUUUAAAAAUUUAUAUUUUUUAUAGUGUGUAUCUUCUAACCUGUUGAUAUAUAGUUAUGAUGCUUAAAUUAUUCUUUUUUUCACAUCUUUACAAUUCCAUGAUAUUAAUUUCCAUUCUACUUCUAUUUUUUUUAGGGUGAUGGUGCCCCUGUCAUGUCAACAAUAAAUGAGACUUCAGAUACAGAAAUACAUGAUUCAGAGAGUAAACCAUUCACAGUAAAGGUUGAAAUUGAUGUAAUGCAGAUCUCUCUUGCUAUAUUGUCCCUACUAACAAGAACAUGGAGACUUGGAGUACCAAGAGCUGUAGUGUAAGGACAUUUCCUGUUGUCAUAUGUGAUAUAGAAGAAAUUGUAGCAUAAGACAAUGCAAUAAAACCACUUGUAGUUGUGAUUUUAUUUUUUAAACAAUGCAUGUAAGCAGAAGAAUUUUAUUAAAUUAUAAAGAAUUCUUAACUCAAAGGUACUUUAAAAACACUAUUAGAUUUUUAAAAAUUCUACCUUAAAUCCUUCACCAAUAAUUGAACCACCCUCACCAUUACAUCAAUAAUACUUAUAUUCUACAACAUAAAAUUUACUUUUGAAGUGCUAAAAAAAAAAUUCAAAAUCUCUGGAAGUUAAAAUCAAUCAAUGCAUUUCAACACGUUUCAAUCACCUAACAUCCUUAGCUCGACAGAUUUUUUUUUUAUCUGCAUAAAAAUAUAAUUAAACAUUUCUGACAGAAAACUUUGAAUCAAGAUGUUUAGGUCAUUUAAAAUAAAGUACAAAAUUAAAGUGUCCCAAUAAAUUUAUUUAUUUUCAGUUUUGAUGAGCUUCAUUUCGCCAAAUUCGUAUCUUUAUAUAUCAAGCACAUUUUUUUCUUUGAUGUUCACCCGCCACUUGGAAAACUUCUCCUAGCUUCGGCAGGUAAAUAAGUGUUCUUGAUGGGUCUUUGAAGGAGCAAAUACUGUUAAAGCCUAAAGAAAAGUGAUUACUAACACAUGUUGAAGGCCAUGCAGCAAUGUUACCCAGUUUUUUUAGAUUUGAAACUAUUUCACUCAAUAUGUGGCAUAGUGUUCUCAAGUAUGAACAACGGAUAAAGGAAGACAUAUUUAAAUUAUCUGGAGUUGCAUCCAAGGGGGGGGGAAAGAGGAAUAGAUGCGGCAUGAAUAUGUGUGAUCAGUAACUGUUCAUGAACCAUUUCAUCAACAUUAGAGUUUAACCUUAAAGGAAUCAUCAAUAUUUUAAAUAUCUGUGUAAAAAAAUUUCACUGGUGACUGAUAAAUCAUGUGAUCUUUGAGGAUCUAACAUUUCAAACACUUUGCACAAGGGAAGUAAAGAAAAAAUGUCUAACCUUGUUCAGACUGUGGUUAAUAUUUUUAUAGAAGAUUUUUACAUGUAACAGCCUUUACAAAAUAGAUGCUUUUUAAGAUGGAGAAAAUCUGUUUGGUGUUAAAACUUGAAAUGUUAAAUAGUUAAUCAAGUUAGUGUAUACUUUUAUUUCUAACAGGUAGAUAUGCUGGUUUUGAAGGAGAUAUAAAUUUUGAAAGGAUAGGAGCAGGUAAUAAAUUAAGGACUUAAUUGGUAUUUUCCCUCUGUACUUAUGGAUUUUUUUUCAUGUGUCAUUGUGAGGAUUGAAAAACUUUAUGGUAUUUGUAAUUGAUGUUUCUUUUAGCUGAGACUAUUAGAAAAAUUUAUUUCAUAAAUAAAAAUAAAACUUCUGAGUUUACUUAUCAUUUUUAUUAACAGAAAUGUUGUAAAUGUUUAUAAAUGAAUAGUAAAAGCAAGAUCUUCAAAGCAUUAAAAUUCAUUUAAAUAUAAAAAUGUGCAUUUGUCCCCAGAAUUUCCUGCAUCUGUCCCAGUAGAAAUGCUGAGAGCAUUCCCAGCUGUUUUGGGCAGUCUUGUUGUCCCAAUUGUUUAUCAGAUCUGUGUUGAGGCUGGAAUGAGUAGAUAUGCAUCGACUGUAGCAGGCGUCCUCAUUCUUCUUGGUAUGUCUUAAAAUGGAAAAAAAAAUGCCUUCAAUGAAUCAAUAAGAACAUGUUUGUUGGUCCAUUGAAGGGAUUUUUUGUUCCCUUUUAAAAAGUAUAUUUUUCUUAGUAAAUAUACAAAUGGAAAAAAAUAGCAGUAACUUUUGUAACCAUUGAAGUAAAUCGCCUUGAUGCUUUCAAAAAUAUAUUUUUUAAUUUUACUGUUCACUUUUCCUUUCAAAUUGUUUCUUACCAUUUCUUUUAUGCGGCAGUUAAAUAUAUACAAUAGAAAAGUACUUUACCAUAUUCAGUGAGGAAUUCCACGGAUGGUGAUAAAAACUUUACUCAAGACACAAAUAUGCUUUGUGUAAUUAUUUUCUUUUCUUUCCUCAGACAAUGCUCUGCUUGUACAGUCCAGGUUUAUGCUGAUGGAAGGCAUGCUGAUAUUUUUUUCUACACUUUCAGUCCUUGCCUAUCUAAAGUUUAGGAAUAGCACUAGGUAAUUGAUAUUUAUUAUCUACAAGUUUCAAGUGGCUCUAUUUUCUAAGAUUUCUCUAGCAUAAUUUCCUACCUCCAGAAGCAGGAAACUUUAAAACGGCUUGUUAAAAAAAUUACAACCAUAAAUAUUCAUGGGUAAUUUCUUAGGUGUAAAUCUUAAAAUGGCUCAGCGUAGAAUUAGACUUUUCCCCAUCUUCUCAUUUCCAUUCUUCUCGCAGAGAAUUUGGACUGAUGUGGUGGUUCUGGUUAUGUUUGUGUGGCAUUUCAGCCACAUGUACUCUUAGGUAAGUUUUUUUUUAGAAAAUGGUGUUAGAAGUUAAACAGUAGUUCAAAUAUUAAACCACAUGCCAGUAAAAUGUAGAUCACCAAAUCACAUUCUAGGGAAAUUAUUCAAUGGCACUCUUUUUUUACGAAUUAUGUUAUUGUAAAAUUUCUGUCUCUUACUUCAUUUUCUUUUCUGUCUAAAUGCAACUUUCAAAGGAAAUUCCAUCAACAUUCAACUUUGCUGUACAGUCCAUGAUUAAUCUAAUUAUGUAUUUCUUCAGUGUAAAGUAUGUGGGAGUAUUCACACUGAUUCUAGUACUUGUACGAAUCUUCCGAGAUUUCUGGCUGAUGUUGGAUGAUGGUUCGAAAUCUGAUGUGAGAUGAUUCAUAUUUGUUUUCAUGUAUUAAUCACUGCCAAAUAAUAAAGUGAUGUAAUUUUGAUAUUAAUUUUUUUGCCUGUUUUGUGCAUAUCAUGCACAUUAUUGCUUUGAUAGGACAGUUAUUUAUAAGAUUAUCUGAUAAUUUUGGAAAACCUUAAUGUAAAAAUAAAUGAUAGGCAUAAUUUUUAUGUUGAAAUUAUAAGGAUGGUUUUUAUGUUUUGUCAAUGUAACCAAGCCAUGGGAAACAACUUUGAAGAAACCAAUUUUAUUUACUCUACAGCUUACCUUAGUGAAGCACUUGUUUUGUCGCUUUGUUGCCAUGGUUACGCUGCCAGUGAUUGUGUAUCUGUCUAUAUUCUAUGUCCAUCUCAGCUUCUUGUACAAAGCUGGUCCACAUGAUAGUGUCAUGACCAGUGCUUUUCAGGCCAGUCUCGAGGUGAGGUAAAAAUUAGGGGAUGGUUAAAUUAAUGCAAAAUUAUUUUGAAAAUUAGAGUCCUUGAGUAACCAAAGUUUUGAUAAAAAUGUUUGCAUAAGGUUUAAAAAAAUUAAUUUACCAUACAUACUCUUGUACAGUACCACUUUUUAAACAAAUGUUCGCUAAGAAACGGGCGCGACCUAUCCUCUCCACAUCAGUUUUUCUUGCUGUUAUUUAGUUUGGAGAAGUCAUUUAUGCAUAAAGCCGGAGAAUCAUUUUCAACCUUGUUUUGGGAAAUUCGUUUUAUAUUUUAAAAAAUGACAAUCAUGUAGUUUAUGAAAAUUGCUUUUCGGUUUUCAAAUGAUUAUGGAAACAUUUUUGUGGUGUUUUUUAAAGCAAAUAUUUCUGAUAUUUCAUUAAAACAAUGGCCAUGUAAUUCCCCAAAAACUAAGGCUGCGAAAUGUCUGCGGGUCAACUAAAAUUUAGCACUUUGAUAACCCCGAACUUAGGGUGCAAUCUAUCCACUUGUGCGACCUAUAUUAUAGUAUGUACAGCACAUGGAUGUUAUUUAUUCUGUUAUGAAGUCAUUAGCUAAAAUUUUGAAUUUAUAUUUUGUCUUUAAAUAAAUUAAAGCGAAAUCUAAAGAUUGGCAACUCCUGUGGGAAAGAAAGAGCAUAUAAAGCCUUUAUCCGUCCGAUUUUAGAUAAUGCAUCUUCAGUCUGGGACCCAUUUACCCAGAAGAGCAUUGACAGGUUGGAGGCGGUCCAGCGACGAGCAGCACGCUUUGUCCUAAACCGCUACAGGAAUGCCUCUAGUGUUGGCAGCAUGCUAGAAACACUAGGCUGGUCACCAUUGGAGAAACGACGACGACAAUCCAGGCUCUCCAUGAUGUACAAGAUAAAUAAUGGGCUGGUCCACUGUUCCAGUAUUAAACAUCUCUCCCCCAUAGACAGCGACGAGGCCAUGACAGGCAAUUCAGGCUCCUACCAGCAAGAAGCCAGUAUAGGAGCUGCUCAUUCCUGCCCAAGACAAUCAGGGACUGGAACAAUCUUUCAAAAGGAACGGUUGAGGCGACAACACUAGACACAUUUGUGUCUAUUGCCUCCAGCCUUCAAACCCCUAGUGCAUGAUUUCCUCAUCAACACCAGUAACAGAAACAUUGCAAAUCCCAUCUACAUGCAUAGGAGCCAAAAUGAUCAAUAAAUUGAUCGUGGGCCCUUAAGAUAUAGAAGAAGAAGAAGAAGCUUACCUAAACUGUUUUAUUCACACAAUAUUUUUAAAUCUUAUUCAUCGCUGAAAAACUAUAUCCCAUUCCAAACCUCUUAUAGUUUCUAUUUCUAAUGCUUCAAAACAUCUCCAUUCUGAGAUAGUCUUAUAAGUUCAACAUUGCUGCACGCUAUUCUUCUUGAUUUGAAGAUUUUCUUUUAAAGACUUACGUAAUAAAUAAGUUUCAUAAAUUUGAUGGGGAAAAUUCUUUUCUUGAACAAUGAGUUCAUGAAAUUAAACAUCUUUCUAAUUUAAAAUAAAUUAUAUUAUGUAAUGGCAUUCACAGCUGUCUUAUGUUUCACAAUCCAGGGAGGUCUCGCCACCCUCACAAAGGGUCAACCCCUGAAUGUGGCCUACGGCUCUCAAAUCACACUCCGGCACACAGAGAAUGUGGCAGUGGGUCAGCCAUGCUGGCUCCACUCCCAUGCCCACAUGUACCCUGUCAAGUACCCAGACAAGCGCGGCAGCUCCCACCAGCAGCAGGUCACGUGUUACAUAUUCAAGGACAUCAACAACUGGUGGAUCAUCAAACACCCUGACAGGUAGUAUACGAAAUAAGAAACACAAGGUGGGGUGGGUAAAACCUGAAAUAAGACAGGUAGUAAAAUCAAUGAGGGAAAAAUUACAUCUCAGCCUGAUAAAAUCUCCUGAACACUUUUUCCUGUAUUUUGUCAUAUGUAGUACAGCAAUGUCAUGAUUGGUAAUUUAUGAAUGAAAUGGAAGUUAUAAAAAUGUUUAUUAUUUUUUUCCCCCAGUGUAUCACUUAACACAAUCAAACUUAAUUGAGCGUGCAUAGUCAUGUACCAUCAACAUGGUAUUAUUAAAGCCUUAAUUGUAGUAACCUACAUAACAACAAUUUCAUUUUCUGUUCAGCACAUUCUGUCUGCCUGUUUGUAUCGCAUGCCUGACCUUGCUGCUUUAAUUAUUGUAUUCUUUAUAUUGAAGAACAUACUCUACUCAAGUCAUUUCUUUUGAAAUCGAAUUUACCUUUGGAUAACUAAUUUCCAACCUAGCCCAAACACUAUAUAUUUCAAGUAUGCAAAGUAAUCUAGUAGUUUUAACAUUUUGGUGACACUUUUAAGGUGGAAAGUUGUGUUUAGAAAUUCAUCUACUCUAAAUCUACUCUAAAGAAACUAGAGCUAUCUUUCAUAAAGCACGGUGAAGAAAAUAUAAAUCGGAUUCUUUUGUUUUCCCCUCUAGACAGGAUCUUAUGGUGGAGGACCCACCUAAACCAGUCAAACAUGGAGACAUAGUGCAGCUUGUUCAUGGCAUCACCAGCAGGGCUCUCAACACGUGGGUCUAUCUUUUAGACGUUUCAAUUACUUUCAGUGUUAAUGGUGUACUGUUUCAAUCCAUCAUUCUUGAUUCUGGAUCUAUCACUAUCAGUUAUAUUGCGUUUAUGAAUCCACAUCUGAAACAAGAUGGUGGACAAGCUAAUUUGAGUUUACUGAAAUUGAUGAAAAUCUGGACAUAGUUGAAAGAAUUUAAAUAGAAAUUAAUAAAGUCAAUGCCGGAAGUUAGGUUAACACUACUGGAGUAAACCCAAACAGCGAUAGAGUACUGAAACCGUUGUUCACUGUGUCAUUAAAAAUAUUAUAUCUCAAUAAAGAAAUAAAUUAGCUAUCUCUUUAUUUUGGAAGAAAACCAACUUUGGGUAAAACAUGUUGAAUAACAAUUUCAAAAAUUAAUUUCAGUCUGUCAUCAAAACUGCAUAGUAAAAAAAAGAUCAGCAAUUUUUUUCUUAAAAAAGAGCAUGUUUAAAAAAGGACUGUCAUGUAUUUAUACAAAUUCUUAAUAAUGUGAUCUGUUUUAAAUUUUGGUUUGUUCAUUGUUUUUUAAAAAAAUGUUUAUAAUCAUUUUAUAAUUAUCAUGGUCUUAUGGAGAAGAAAUUAAAUUUUGGUUUACAUUUCUUGACCAGCCAUGAUGUUGCUGCACCCAUGAGCCCAAACAACCAGGAGGUUUCUUGUUAUGUCAACUACAAUGUUUCAAUGCCAGCUCAAACUUUGUGGAAAGUGGUUUGUAAAAAUUUAUAGUUCAUGGAUGAAAUAUUGAUUUCUUUUUUUUCUUCUCAAUAUAUUUAAAUAUAUGGAUAUAUAUAGUUUUAAAAAUUUCAUAUAUUUUAUGCUACAUGAUAUAUAAUCAACUACCAUAUUUAAGUUUCCUGUUAUGCAUGGGUUUUAUCUAGAGGAGAAGGUUUUCACCCCAAAUGUUUUUUUUUUUAAAUGUCAUAAAUAAAACCUUAAUUUGUGUGGUAUAUUUUGUUAAUUUUUAAAAUAAUAUAUUUUUUGACAGGAUAUUGUAAACAGAGAAAGUGAUGAUGAAACAUGGCAGACAAUAAAAAGCCAGAUUCGUCUAAUUCACGUCAACACUUCAGCUGCUCUCAAGGUAAGUGUACCUGCUCUCAAGGUAAGUGUAGCUGCUGUCGAGGUAAGUGUAGUGCAGCUGGUCUCAAGGUAAGUGUAGCUGCUCUGAAGGUAAGUUCGUUGUGAUAUUUGGCUUUGGAAAAUCUUGUUUUGAAGGGUUUUUUUUUUCUCUCCCAAAAUAUUUUUUAAAAUGGUAGGUAAACACCAAUGAUAACGCCAAAAUUAAAAUAAAUGGAAAUGACAACACUAGAGAAAUUAGUUUAAUGGGGUUGGGGUUGUCAAUAACUCUUAUACAGGUGUGAAUAUGUGCUAACAAAGAUCCAGAAUUGUGUUAUAAGCUUGCACUUAGCACUGUUCAGUAUGAAUCUUGACAGAAUUGUUUGAAGUAAGUCUGUAAUUCUUUUAAAAGACUACAAUUUAAAAACUAGACAAAUUCUGAAUAUUCACCAUUUUUUUCAGACAACAGGAAAACAAUUGCCUGAAUGGGGUUUUCACCAACUGGAAGUUGCCGCCGACAGGAUGGUGAAUCAGAAGGCCACAGUAUGGAAUGUUGAAGAACAUCGCUAUACCAGAAGUCAGUGGAGAAUCCUUUUUCAGAAAUAAGCUUCGGUUUGAAAAAUUACUUGGACCGACAACUUAGAUGUUCUCUGUUUAUGUUAGAUAAUUGUUAAAAAAUCUAUUUUAUUAUCAAAGAAUUGACCCUUCUUCAAUACUCCUAAUAUGAAACACAAAGUGGAAAAAAAUGGUUAACUAUCCUUAAAGUAGAUGCUUUUCAUCAAUAAUUCAGAUAGUUAGUUAAUUAUUAUUUGGAAACCAAAGUAUUGUUAUUAUUAUAUCAAAUCCAAAGUAUAAACACAUGUUGAAAUCCCCAGGCUCAGAAAAGGAAAAGCAAGCAGCUGAACUUCAACAGGCAGAACUGAUCCCUCUCAAACCUACCUAUCUAUCAUUCUGGGCAAAGCUCUAUGAGCUCCAGGUUAGAGAUUUGAACAGGAUAAGAUCAUAAUUUUAUCGGGCUUUCAUAAAAGUUGAAUGAGACUGAGGAGGCAGAUAAAGAAAAGUGAACAUGAGUGUUAGGUAGAGGCCUUUAAAAAUGUACGCUUUACAGACUUCUGAAAUAUGAUACCAGGAGGGUCACUGCCCCAUUUAUUUUUAUACCAUUGGAAUAUAGACACAAACUUAGAUUGUAUAGACGUUAUGUGAACUAAGUGAUGAACAUGCCUUUGUCAUCUGCAACAGGUAUGAAAGAACAAAAAAUUAAUUUAACUCCCCUGAGCUUUUUUGAUGUCGGCUAUUUUAAUGUCUAAUUUUAACCUAUGGAAUCUGUCUCCACAUGGGGGCCUUGAGUGUAAAAAAUAUAAUUCCAAGAUAAACUCUCUUGGUUUUAAUGCCAUUACUUCGAUCUGUAUGUUAAGUAAAAGCUAUUUGAAAUUUACUUAAUCUGCAAUCAGUAUUUUCUUAUGUAAUUCUGAGACACCCUUGCAGAAAUAUGGAAUGAAAGAGGAAUGUCAAGUGUUUAUUCAUUAUUAUGAUAUGUAAAAUGAAUAAAUGAACAAUUUAAAUCUUAUUUCCUUUCUGUAUCACUCCUUUUAAAAUUUUGUUUUAAGUUAUUAACUUCAAGCAAACAUAAACUAUUCUAAAGUCUUAGCUUCUUUAGAGUGUUAAAAGUUUCAAAUAAUUUUCAGAUUAAAAUGUUGCUCAGCAACCAGGAUGCCAAACUUGAACACAAGUACAGUUCUGGACCAAAAGACUGGCCUUUUAUGAACAGAAAUAUUGCCUAUUGGAUGAGCGCUACUGAUAAUGUAAAUGUUAACAAUUACUUUAUAAUGUAAUAAUAUCAUAAUAAAUUCUCAAAGGUGUUUUAUUUGUUAAAAGGUGUCACGAAAGGAUUAAAUUCAGAGAGAUGUGUCACUGACAUGGGUAGACAAUUUGGAAGUUAUUUCAAAGUUUGUUGGAGUUACAUGCAGGAAAAGAAUAUUUAAAUUUUUGCUCUGGUCUUUUUAGUCAUAAAUGCAGUCAUUCCCUCCACUGGCCAAAUGUGUUAAUCCACCAGUGUAAAAGAAAGGCAUCAACUUUUCAAUAUUUAAUUAAGAAUGAUGUCUGACAUUCAUAAUGAUGUUUACAGGUAAAUGGCAUUUAAGAUGACUGACAAUAUUCUGAAUUAAUACUCUUAUAAAAUUACUUGUUUUGUAUGAUGAACAUAAAAUGUUUCACAGCAUGUUGGAGCCACAGGCAGAAAAGUGUGAAUUAAUUACAAACAAGAUUGUCUCACUAUUAUUUUUGCGCAAAAACUAUCCCAUUCUCAGUCACAAAUUCAUCUGGUUGGCAACAUCGUGGUGUGGCAUGCUUCAACUGUGUCGGUCAUCUGUUACCUAGCUGUUCUUCUGUUCUAUUUACUCCGGAGGCAAAGAGCAAUUUUUGAUAUUUCAGAAGGUAACCAUCAAAGUGUCAUUGAAUAGAAGUAAGGAAAUAUUUUAUUGUUUUUCUUAUAAAAUGACAAUUAUUAGUCCGCCCACUGUGUUAGUUUGUAUUCAUGGUGGAAAUGUUGAGGAUUAACCAAAUCCUGAACCAUACUUGAGCUAAUUCUAUCAGCAUCUGGAUAUUUAUUCUUAAAGGUCAACUUCAUAAAAAACAUUAUUUUUUUUUUCAGCAAGAUGGCAGCAUUUUGUUUUUCAAGGCGAACUAUUCAUAGGGGGCUACUUUCUCCAUUAUCUUCCUUACUUCCUUGAGGAUCGAACUCUUUUCCUUCAUCACUAUCUGCCAUCAGUUGCAUUCAAGGUGCUUGUACUAGCCGCUCUCGGUGAUCACCUUUAUUCGGUGUUACCCAAGUGAGUAAUAUUGAUUUGAUGAUGAAAUUGAAUAGCAUAUACAAUAAAACUAUAAAUUUACUUAUGUCAGGAUAAGAAAUAUUGGGCCAUAUUUCUAAACUAAAUGUCACAUUAACUUCUGGUUAUGAACCACUGAGAUUGUGUGUGUGUUAAUGUUUCCAUUUCUCUAAUCAACAGCACAUCCAAGCUUUCUGCCAUCAUCAAAUACGGAACAGUGGUUCUCAUUGCUGCAACGAUCCAUGCUUUCAUUUGUCUGUCUGUUUUUACCUACGGCAGCGAGGCCCUCACCCCACAACAAAUUAAAUCUUUGACCUGGAUCGAUACCUGGGAUUUUCUCUUCCACUGAAAGAACAAUCCUGACCUGCUGAAUCGAAACGGCUUGUGCAAUUAUUGAUUGGAAUGGUCCCAACCUAACAAGUUAUAAAUCUCACCUGAACAGGUCAACACUUCCCUGCUUCAUCAGUCUAAGAGGGAAUAUAACUGUUGCAUGCUGACACAAUUAUCCUUUCUAACCUCCAUUGUAAACAUCUUCAUAUCAUUAUCAAUAAAUAUAUAAUAAAUGUAACAUUAUUAAAAAUUGUUGGUUU